CCCCCUCGAAUCGUCUCGCUCCGCGUCACCAUCUCCCGCUACAGCACCAGCACCGACGACGCCGUCAUCCAAACCCAACAAGUCCCCGCGCCAGGCUCCGGCAGCGUCCGCGUCCUGCUCCUCAACCGGCCCAAAGCCCGUAACGCCCUCUCGCGAAACCUCCUCGACUCCCUCUCCAAGCAAAUCCACUCCAUCGCCGCCGAGGGCGGCACAGGCCCAACCCGCGCCCUGGUCAUCGCCAGCAACGCUGACGCCGCCUUCUGCGCCGGCGCGGACCUCAAAGAGCGCGCGAAGAUGACAAAGGAGGAGACGAAUGAAUUCCUCACCAAACUCCGCGGCACAUUCCACGACCUCGCAGCCCUGCAGAUCCCCACCAUCUCCGCCAUCUCCUCCACAGCGCUGGGCGGCGGCCUCGAGCUCGCGCUGUGCACGCACCUGCGCGUCUUCGGGUCGUCUGCUAUCGUCGGACUACCAGAGACCCGGCUGGCGAUUAUCCCCGGCGCGGGGGCACGGAGACGGGUGUCCGGGCCCGAGGCGUACUUCCUGGGUCUUUGUGAUCGGUUAGUGGAGAUCUUGCCUGAGGAGGAGGGGAAGGAGGGGGUUGCGAGGGAGAAGGCGAUUCAGGCGGUUGCGGGGUAUCACCGGGGCGAGGCGGCGGAGAAUGAGGCGUAUAAUGGGGUGAUUGAGACGGAGGAUCGGUAUGAGGCGCUGAGGGCUUUUGCGGAGAAGAGGAAGCCUGCGUUUCGGGGGAGGUAGAUAGAGUAGAUUAUCUACGAGGUGGGCAUUUUACUUUGCUGUAAUGGUACAGACUAUGGAUUGCUCAGGUUUUACGAAUGCUCUCUAAACCUAAGGUCUCUGCAAUCACAACGCUCUGGAACCAUAUCAGUGAACUGUCAC